UUCCAGAGCUGUGUCAUAACAUCGCUGAUUAAAACUAUCUAAUGUAGGAGAGUAAAUGGGCUGAUAAUGCCUUUCACAAAUUAAUUCAAAAGCAGAGCAAUGAAGUGUCUGGAGAAUCAAAGGAGCAUAAGCUAAAAAUAUUGUACAGCUGCAAUGUAAUGUGAAGUACGAGGGAAUUUGCAAGGAGGAUACAGAAAGUCAUUACAUGUCAAGGUCCCAGUUCACUCCAGCAGUGGAGAAGGAAUCUUCUGUUCCACCCAAUCAGAGAACAGAAAAUGGUUAUGCGGUGUUUUGUAAUAUUGCAUUUGCUUUGCCAGACAACUAUCAACCUUUGGAUGAAUUAGAAAAGAAAACGAGCAAGAGGUUGAGUAGCAGAACAACAGUCUCACAGGAGAAGAUAUCUGAGAGCAGAUCUGAAGUCAGUAUCAAAUUGAGCGGGAAAUCAAAGAAGAAGCAGAAUGUCACAGAUCCACAGAUUGUGAAACCAGGUGAUUAUGUUAUUAUGGUGAAGGACGUGACAACACCACCUUUCCUGGAUCGCACUCUCCCUCCAGCUUUCAUUCUCCUGAAGGUGAAACCACACAAAGCAAGCAAAAAGAGCAGCAGGAAGGAGCACCAGAAGGUGUCCAACAAGUAAUGAAAUUCCUGAAGAACAUUACAUCUGACGAAGUUUGAGCAAUAGCUUUCGUGUAUUAUUUUUGCUCUACACCCCUUUGAUCUGCCAGACAUAACCCCCUUCUUUGAUCUUUCCUUUCUCCACUCCUCCCUUGAUACCAUCACUUGGGGUGACAGCUUGAAACACUAUUUCAUGUCACACGUUCAUAGCCAGAAAAGAGUGCAGACUCUCAUCCCAUUAGUCUGGGUCAGAGUUGAGUCCAUUUCUGAGAAGUGAAAGGGAAUAUGCUAAACCACAGUAAACACCCAGUCCCAGAAUAGUCUGCUCUAUAAAUGAGACCAUCAAGUGCACAGAAAAAAAAGUCCCUGCUGUAAGCGGAGGUGUCAUUUCAGAAAAGAUUUGCACCCGAAGAGAGUGGUUGUUUUUUGUAUUCUGUUUACUUCAGUUCAUUAAGGUAUAAAUAUU